UGAUAUUUAUAAAAAUGGCAAGUGUAUUAGAGGAACCAAAUGCACCAUGGACCAAAAAUUUGACAAGGCUACAUGAAAUAAAUUUUACUGAAGAUGUAAUCUUAACUUACAAUCAAGAUUCAAACUCCAAGAAAAGUGUGAACCUUGGAUAUAGGAUGUUCAAAGCACAUAAAACAUCAAAUGUUUUUAUUGCAAAUGAUGGUAACAAGAUAUUUGUAAAAGCUAACGUUCAAGCUUCUUUCACGUUAAGCAAAAAAUAUCUGUGCAAAAUACUAAUAUAUGUGCAUCUGAAAGUAGAAAUUGUCAAAGCGUCAUGUGGGUGUCCAGCUGGUCUUAGUGGUGCAUGUAAACAUAUAUAUACUUUGUUAUGGAGCGUUUUUGAUAUUGCGAAGACACACGCAAGUAACUUAACAGAAGUAGCGUGCACAUCAUUACCACGGAAGUGGGGUAUAGGAGCGAAAAGUAGGACUCCUAGAAGUGCAACCAAAUUUGCUGAAUUGAAUUUUAUAAAGCACGAUGUGAAAAGAAAGGCAAAGAACACUGAACGUUUGAUAUUACAGCGGAGAAAAAAUUUGGCAGACAUUCAACUAACUGUUCGGAUUGACAAAAAAUAUAUUGAAAUAUUAAAAAAAGGACUGGCAGAUAAUGGCAUAGGAGAAAUGUUUCAAGAUGUUUUGCAGGAAAAUCAUUUAAAGCAAAAUUCCCCUUUACCCUCACUUUUUCCUAAAGAAGCUGAAUUAUUGCCUAGUGACGAUGUUAAUCAUGAAGCUAUACAAGUACCAAUAUUAGAUUUGUGGAAAAAUGAAGUAGGUGAAAUAAUAGGAAGAAAUAACUAUAACGUGAAGUUGUUAGAAUGCUGCCAAAUAAACUUAAGUCAAGCCCAGGAUCUUUUCAAAAACACAACUACUCAAAGCGUAUCAGAAAGGUGGAAAAAAGAACGGAGUAAACGAAUUACUGCUUCCAAUUUUUAUGAAAUCAUUAGACGGAAAGCAAGUGUUACAAACGCGUUUGUAAAUAAAAUUUUUAAAUGUACAGAAAUACGACAAACUGCAGAUAUGGCACUUGGGUUGGCAAACGAGGAGAGAGCACUAGAGAAAUAUAAGAUAUCGAAGAAUCUUGUGGGCGAAGAAAUUAGUAAAGUGUUUGAUGUAGGAUUAGUAGUUAAUCCUGGGUGCCCAUUUUUAGGAGCGACGCCUGACAAAUUAGUUCAAUUUACAUCUGGCAAUAAUGUCCUUAUAGAAAUUAAAACUUUAACAAAAGCGAUGAAACUUGAACUGUCUGUAACAGAAAGUAUUAAACAAAAUUAUUGCAACUAUCUUUAUUUUAACGAAAAUAAUCACAUUGCAUUAAAACAGAACAGUAAGCAGCAUUUUCAAGUUCAGGGUCAAAUGGCUUUAAGUGGUAUUUUCGAAUGCGAUUUAGUGGUUGAUAGUGGAAGUAGUUUUUUUAUUGAAAGAAUCAGUUUUGAUCCACAUUUAUGGAAAACAUUAAUGUUACCAAGUUUAACGAAAUUUUAUUUUUUACAUUUUGAUAAAUCUUGUAAUUUGUAAUGUUCACACCUAUUUUUAUUAUAUUACUUAUGUGUAUUAUUUUAUUUAAUUCUAGUUUGUAAUGUUAAAGUAUUGUGUAGUAUCUAUGUCUAUAUAUUAAGCCUAACUGUAGAUUACUUAUUUCUAUUUAUGUUGCAUACUUUUCUAUUAAGUAAAGGUUCAUUAAUAAAGUUCUGCAAAUGGCAACAAAUUUUCCAAAUUUGGUUUAAACUGCAAUGUGCACUAUUCGGAAACACAAAUUUUAAAAUUCUGAAGGUUUUAAUUUCGCUUAUUACUC